AUGGAUGUGUAUCAAUGUGCUGAAAUCAUGGCGCUCGACAUGUCUAUCCCGCCGCUUUUAUCGGACGGUAUCGACUAUGCGCCAGCAAUAUGCAGCAGCGGAGCACUUGGGGGUGGUGUGCGCGCACGUGUGAUGCUAGCCUAUCAAAUGGUCGGGGCCACAGCCCUCGAAGUGGGCUGCUGUCAACAUCGUGGCCCCAAAGAGACCAUGCCAGCGCGCACACCACAUCCACGCAGACCUGUCAUUGCUAGCGAUCCAUCUGCCAGCACCGCAGAGGUGGUGGUGGUUGCCGACCUUGGCUGGACACAGUGUGUGCGCAAAGCUGCCCGCCCUGGCCGCGGCCAGAGUGGGGACCAAAAGGUGGGGCACGGCGGAAAACGCGAGGGGGACGCGAACAAGACGCGUCGGCGGGUCCUUCCCGGGUCUCGUUUGUCGGCCCUCGUUCAAUUGACGCCUAGGGCUGGAAGCCAUCAUGCGUCGGCCGUCGUCGGGCAGGAGCACACACAGCCUGCCAGCCUCUCGAAUUCGCGAGGCGGCCGAGCGUGCGUGGUAGAGAUGGCCGCCGUCGGCUUCCUUGCUGAGAAUGCGUUCGUGCAUGCAGACACGCCUUGCCUGUUCGGAGGAAGGGUGGUAUCAAACGGGCGCGGCAGGUCGAGACAGGAUGAGAGGACAAGGGAGGAGAAGAAAAAAGCCGACUGGCAGGUUGGACUGCAGUACGCCCCCCCCUCUUCCCUGGCCCAGAGGCGGCGGCCGGGUGGACCAAGGAGGGAGGAGAGGUGCGGAAAAGAAAAGAGCAAAGCUCACUGGCGCGGCUUCAUCUGCGGUUUGAUUUGGGAGAGGGAUUAG